AUGUCCUAUGGACAAUUUCAAGUUAAUUCUGCACCCCAGCCAGUCAGACCUAUUUCACUGCGUUGUCCGUUGAACGGUUGGAUAAACAAUGGAGGUUGGAUUGAUGGAGGCAUAGAUCCUCCUCACUUCUAUCUCACGCAUGGGGAGUGUCAACAGGCACUUUACUACCAUAUAGGCCUGAUGGAACACCCCCAAAUGCCCAAAAUUGAAAGAGAUCGCAUCUGGGAGCCUGCAGCACCUGUCAUGCUGCUGCCUGCACUACCAAUAGUUGUCAAUGCUGUUACCGAGACUACUCCACUUCCACCUGUUGCUGAAACUACUCCAAUUCUACCUUUGGCUGAAACCGCCCCAAUUCUACCUGUUGCUGAGAUUGCCCUAGCUCCACCUGUUGGACAUCUUGUCUCAAUUUUAAUGAACUUUUCGCUGCAAGCACAAGGCCCAGUCACUUGUGGUUCAAAAGUUGUCAAGAAGAAGUCCAAGCUGAUAAAAUCUGACUAUAUUGUGCUCAAAGGAAUCACCCAUGUUGAUUUCAUUACAGCUUAUCUUUCUAUACAUGGUCUUUCAGAUCAAUUCAGCCCAGGUGUUCAUUCUGGACCUCCAUUCAAGCUUUACUGGACUGGAUCUGCUAAAUUUCUGGAUGCUAGUGGCGGCAAAGGGGGUGUGACAACAAUUGACAAUAACCAUCAGUUUUCUGUGGCAAUGGGCACAUUAAUGAAGAAGAACAAAACAAUAUGUCAAGCUGGGGUUGAGUUUGAUGUAGAUGAGAUGGACGGGUAUCGUAUUUGCAAUGCUGACCACUUUUUGGAGCAAGACCAACUCCAUGGCACUAUCAUCUUACAGCUCAAAAAGAAAUGGCCAUGUGUCCAACAUCAGGGCGAGCAUGGUGAUGUUGGUUUUUGCUAUGUCUCUAUUUGGGCUGCCACUAUUGCAGCUGCAGAUGCUACAAAACACGAACCACCAAGUACAAUUGAUUUCGAUGGUGUGCGUGAUGGCUACCUUCUCGAAUCCAAGCCUUGUGGCCGUCAUAAAACUCAUGGACAGGCUGUCAUCCCGGCUCUAUCUCCACAUCCUGCAGCAGGCUCUGAACUCCAUACUUGUCUGUGGGACUUCACUGAAGUGAGUGGUAUUGACAUUAUAAUAUGUGAAGACGCUCUCAUGGCUCUGGAGCUAACUCCAGAUGUCAUUCCUGAUGUUCCGGUUGCUCGUCUCUGUGAAUUUACUGACAUUGUGGAGGGUCGCAUUAGGAAGUUUCAGGCGUACUGCAAGACUGUUAAGGUCGUGCUCAAGGGAGAGAGUCAAGUCAGAUGUUCAGAGGAAAACCAGCGUAGGUUAAGCUGA